CAACCAUUAAAUUGUGGGGACUGCCAAAAGCCCAUUCAAAUGCACCUUUGUACUUUAGCUUCUCGAACACCAAAUUUCCACAUUAACUCUUCCACCCUCUCCCUUCCCUUCUCUCUCUCUCUCUCUCUCUCUACCCCCUUCCCCCUCCUCAUCGUCGUCAUCACCACCAUCCCCGUAGCAACAUAACAUACUAAGGACCGUAGAAGGAAUCAAAUCCGUGGAAGAUGGACAAUUUGUUCUUCACUUGCUUGGCCACAACUGCGAUCGUGCUAGCAACGAUCCUUUACAAGAGUUGGAACAAGCUGAUGAGGAGCGGGAGACCCAGACGAGGCCAGCUCCCUCGAGGAACUUUCGGGUGGCCCCUCCUCGGCGAGACCCUCGAUUUCGUCUCUUGCGCCUACUCUCCUCGCCCCGAAAGCUUCAUGGACAAGCGCCGCCUCCUGUAUGGUAAGGUGUUCAAAUCGCACAUCUUUGGGAGCCCGACGAUCGUGUCGACGGACGCGGAUGUGAGCCGGUUCGUUCUCCAGAGCGACGCCAAGACCUUCGUGCCGUGGUACCCGAAAUCCCUCACCGAAUUGAUGGGCAAGUCCUCCAUCCUCUUGAUCAAUGGGAGCCUCCAGAAGAAGGUCCAUGGCCUUAUUGGGGCCUUCUUUAAAUCGCCGCACCUCAAGGCUCAGAUCACCCGGGACAUGCAGUGCUACGUGCUGGAGGCCUUGAGCCAUUGGAAGGAUGAUCAGCUCAUCCGCAUCCAAGAUGAAACCAAAAGGAUUGUGUUCCAAAUACUAGUAAAAGGAUUGAUUGGGUUGGAACCAGGAGAGGAGAUGAACUUUUUAAAGCAGCAAUUCCGGGAAUUUAUUGCGGGUCUCAUGUCUUUGCCACUCAAGUUACCCGGCAGUAGGCUUUACAAAUCACUACAGGCAAAGAAGAGGAUGGUGAUGCUGAUAGAAAAGAUCAUCCAGGAGAAGAGGAAGAACAAGAAUGGGUGCACCCAAAGGGACGUUGUGGAUGUUCUGAUCAACGAUGCCAGCGAUCAAUUGACCGAUGAUCUCAUAUCUGACAACAUGAUCGAUUUGAUGAUACCAGCCGAGGACUCCGUGCCCGUUCUCGUAACGCUGGCGAUCAAGUACCUCAGCGAAUGCCCACCUGCUCUCCAACAUCUAGAGGAAGAGAACAUGAAUUUAAAGAAGCAAAAAUCUCCGGCUGGGGAAAAUUUGCAAUGGACCGACUACAUGACUUUAUCAUUCACUCAAGAUGUCAUAACAGAGACUCUCAGAAUGGGGAACAUCAUAAGCGGCAUCAUGCGCAAGGCAGUGAAAGAUGUGGAGAUCAAAGGGCAUUUCAUACCCAAGGGGUGGUGCGUGUUGACGUAUUUUAGAUCGGUCCACCUCGAUGAGAGCCUUUAUAAGGAGGCAUACAAGUUCAAUCCAUGGAGGUGGAAGGACAAGGACAUGGGUACUUGUAGCUUUACUCCUUUUGGAGGUGGGCAAAGGCUGUGCCCCGGGCUUGAUCUGGCCAGGCUGGAAGCUUCCAUCUUUCUCCACCACUUGGUCACUGGCUUCACGUGGGUGGCGGAGGAGGACCACAUAAUCAACUUUCCCACCGUAAGGAUGAAAGGAGGAAUGCCUAUCCGGGUGAGAAGGAAGGCCAAGGAAUCCUGCUUCCCGGGUUAGCAAAUAGGGAGAGAGAGAGAGAGAGAGAGAGAGAAAGAAAAGGGUGGGCAACAAAAGGUCCGUCAGUCUGCACACGUGCGGGCGCAGGCG